AUGUCUGACCGUUAUAGGUGGUUCACUCAUGAUCCCAAGAUCUACCGUGAUCCCGAGGCGUUCAGACCUGAGCGUUUCCUGGGCGAUAAUCCUGAGCUCGAUCCGCAUAGCAUUGUGUUCGGUUAUGGCAGACGCAUCUGUCCUGGCCAAUUCCUAGCAGAUGCAACCGUCUUCCUAAGUACUGCACAGUCUCUGGCAGUUUUGAAUUUCUCUCAGCCGGAAGGGGAAGAAGAUCUACAGGCUGAAUUUCUCCCGGGCGUUAUCAGCCACCCGGCCCCAUAUCGUCUCGAGAUCACCCCUCGGAGCGCUGCCCACGAAGCAUUGAUCCGGUCAGUGGAAGUGGAGCAUCCAUGGGAAGAGAGCCACGCAAAAGAGCUCGAGAAGGUGGGGUGUUGA